AUCACAGUCGAAACAAAGCCACAACACAUACAGGAAAGCAAGCAAGAAUCAUCGGAAUAAUGGCUCGUGCAUGUGUGUUCCUCGUCGUGCUCCUCCUGGCCGCCAUCGCGGUGGCACCGUUCGCGGGCGCCGCACGCGUGGACGUCGUGGAGGGUAGGUCCAUGGCAUCCGCCGAUGCACCGGAGGCGGCGGCCGAUGCUCCCGCUCCUAGCCCCGACUCCGCCUCAUCCCCAGACUCAUCGUCAGAGGCGCCCUCCAGCAGCAGCUCCUCCGACUAGACGCAAAAACCUCUUCAUUCUCUGGAAUAACUAACAGUAUAUACGUUGCACCUUGAUGAUAUAGAAACAUGUACGUGCAUCAGUGUAUGGAAUGCGAGUGGCAAACACAUGGAAUGUGCUUGCCUAAUUAUUGUUUAUUUCUUUAUUUAUUAUAUGUCUCUCUCGGUUGUUUUUUAUUUUUCUUAAUGCAUGUAAUAUAAUUUGUUAUACCCAAUA